AUGCCGCCAUCAGAAUCCUCCGAGCCGUUGCGACCUCUGGCGGAUUACUUCUGGAUCGCUGGCUUGGAUACUCAACAGCUACUCGAUGCCUUCUCACCAACAAGAUGGUCACACCAAACUCCGGACAACAACGCGGUCGUCGAAUCUGCGAUCAAAGAGGAAGUCGCUGCCGAAAAUGACCAAUCUUCAAUCCUACAAUCCCCUCGAGCCUCUGUCAAUCAUUCAAGGCAUGACUCUUAUCAGCGACUCUCCCAGCUUUCCGAUGAAGCUAGAAGCACCAUCGCAAGCCUCAACGAUGCGACUCGUCCACACAGCAGUCGCAGCAGUGUCACAGUUCGGCCUGCUACUCCGGGCCAACCCACUCGGAUGUCCACUGCGUUCAGCGACGUCGAUUUCGAAAAAGCCAUGAAGAAGUUUACCAGCGAUCGAGACACGUUCUUUCUGGACCUCACAUUCAACCCAUCUGGAGCUGCAAAACAAACGCGUCCCCAGUCCCCAGUCCCCCAACCAGCGAUCCCUCCACCGACGCGGUCCAAAUCACAUCCGAAGGCGCAAAAGAUUGUUGUCGCAGAUGAGCCGAGUCCGGAUCUGAACCGAAACUUUGGAAGCAUGCGUAGACAUCUAUCAUUCAAAGAUAUGUCUAGUGCGAAGCGCCAGCCAUCUGUGGCCCGACGGACGUCCACUAGGACCACUCGGAGGAUGAGCAGUUACAACUCAGUCAUACCCGCCCCAGAGACUCUUGUCAGCUCACCAAGACAGCACCCUUUGACGCGGAAGUUCGAACCUGUACUGCUAGACAGAUAUCCUCGAUCAACCACUGCCGAUAGAGCUUACAAGAGGAGUCCCUUUCCGGACUAUGUGCCGAUGUUUGCUUUCCCCAACGACAUCAAGGUUAUCUCUGCAGAUACCAAACCAAGGUCUACUUGGCAUGAGUUCUCGAUGACCGCGGGUGAUAACUCAAGGCUUACCGGAGUGUGCGUUACUGUCUGGGUUCCUGUAAAUCGACAGGUUGCUUUGGACCUGGAAAAGAAAUGUGACGAAUGGAGAAAGGCCCAUAUGUCCGAAGCAGAAAGAGAAAUGGCCGCCUCCCUCGCGGACAGAUUGGCAGUGGAAAGCGCAAAGUUGUCCCGAUUACUGGCAAAACUCCCCCAAGUGUCUCACGAUUCAGCAGCGAGAGAAGAGUUGGAGGAUGAAAUCAGCGCGGUCGAGGAGAAGAUCGGGGUCAUGUCGGACAUGCUGCGACCGUUACGGCACGGUUCCAUUUCGGAAAUCCAGGGGUUGGCCAGCAGUGAAACUCAGUUUUGGAUCCCGAGAGCUUACGGUAUCCUGGGCAGAGAUGGCACAAUGGCCAACUUCUGGAGACAAUGGUUACGAGCUGUUGUAGUCCCCAUGGCCGACGGUAGUAUACUGCGAGUCCCAGCGAGUUCUCCGAAGGUCGGUAUGUGGCAACCAUUGGAGCGAUAUGUCGCUGCGUUGUGCCUCGAGGCGCCUUCACCAACAACAUCCAAGGUUCAGAUACAGACCUCUAUCCGGGAAUUGCAUCUCUACGCCAAAAAGGAAGCUGCAAAUGAACUCCCAGGAAGCCGAACCACAGAUCUCUAUCCACUCUUCAGAACACUCACUAUUCCUAACAUCGUUCUUCUCUUUGAAUACGCCAUGGCCGAAUCCAGGAUCAUCUUGUUGUCAUCUCAUACCGCAUUGCUGCAACUUGUCGCCAAAGCCAUUCUGGAGUUGAUUUGGCCUCUAGAGUGGACAGGUGUGUAUAUCCCUGUGCUUCCCUCAAGACUGGUUCAGGUGCUUGACGCGCCGUGUCCUUACAUUUGCGGCAUCAAUCGGAAUUACGAGAAAUAUGACCUUCCCGAUGACGACUAUGUCCUGGUGGAUCUAGAUAAAAAUGAGUUGCACAGCACCUCGCCGCCUCCUUUCCUGCCGAAACAGCAACGAAGGAAGCUCAUGUCUCUAUUACACCAAGCUGCACCACUGCACCAUAGUUUUGGUGUACCCCCUGGUGCCCCAGCAUAUACAGUUGAGACAUUUCCGUUUGAUGCAUUCUCUGGGGAACUCGACUCUGUGUUUACUGCCAUUGCCAGGUCGACAAAUCUGGACAAGCUAGCCAGUCUCAGUUCAUCUUCCUUCGGGCCGCAUGCGGCUUCAGACACGAUCCGGCGUGCUCCAUUGCUGAAUGUUUUCCUUUCCUCUGGGCCGACACAAGGGAAGAGCUUUGACCGUCCACGGACAUCUUCAACCACCCGGCAAUCGAGUCACACAAGUUCUGAUGCUUACUCUCCUGUCGGAGGGAGCUUUGCUCUUCCAACUUCGCUACGGAAUGACUCCGGCUAUGCUCUGCAGACUUCCCUGCGAGAAAAACGAUCCGGCCACUUCGAUUCGCUAUCCAAACGCAGCUUCUCCGGCUCUAGCCACAUGGUUCGGAAAGCCAGUCUUCCUUUUGUACGGCACAAUGCAAGUCCCUCGACAACCUCUGUGUCAGACAUGAGGAAUGGUUCGAUAUACGCACCUUCUACAUAUGCCCAGUCGACGCUGGCAGCAUCCACAAUCAUGCCUGGCAUGCAUGUUCAACCGGCAGUCAAUUCUCGAGGAACGUAUUGGGCCGAGGGCCAUUGUCUCCAAUGGAAAGAAGCAGAUGGUCCCUCAACAUGUGUGCUUUGCGACGAGAAGGCACAGGAUGGCUACUACAGAUGCGCAGGGUGUGGCUUUGUGAUUCACGAUCGCUGUGCGAAUCAGAUCACCAUCGUCUGCUCGGCUGCAUUCUAUCCAGAUCAAGUUCGCGCAGCAUUUGUCAGAUGUUUGGCAAGCCUCUUCUACACCUAUCGGAAGUUCAUGAACCCAGCGCCUCCGGCUAAAAAGAAGCUCGGAGCGGUGUAUGCUUUCGACAAUAGAGCCUUCAUCAACAGCCUUUCUCCAGACCAUUCCGCGUAUAUUGAGAUGCUCCAACAAACUCAAGCCUGGAACGAAUUCAUCAUGGAGCGCGAAGAGACGACUUCCAGUCCAGAUAUUGCCUUGUUCGACGCAAUCAUCAUGGCCAAGCGUGGCCGCGCUGGCUUGCUGCGGUCCAGUCUGCCAAACAUUGGUCGCAACCGCAGAAGCCUUAUACAGCGGCCGGCAUCAGCCGGUGCCCGAGCAGAUAUUCUGUCAGACACUUCUCAGCAUCAAUGGCGCAUCGUUUCAAUACCGUGUAGUUCAGAACGGUCAGAUUUGGGCACCGCAGCAAAAGGACGUGACUACCAUACGAUCAUUACACGGACGCCAUCGAAGCUGGAAGAAGGCCUUUUCAAGCAGGAAGAAGAUGUUCCAGACUUGCCCACCAUACGAAAGAAGUCACGAGCGAGUAUUCUAAACAGCAGAAUGAAUGGACUUAGCAUGAACGCACCGUGA